AUUCUCUUGAUAAGCAUGAGCUCCGUUUUGCAGGUUGAUGCUGUUGUAUACCUGGUAGAUGCUUAUGACAAAGAGCGCUUUGCUGAGUCAAAGAAAGAAUUAGACGCACUGCUAUCUGAUGAGUCCCUAGCGACUGUUCCCUUCCUUAUUUUGGGAAACAAGAUAGACAUACCGUAUGCUGCCUCAGAAGAUGAGUUGCGUUAUCACCUUGGGUUGACUGGUGUCACUACUGGCAAGGGUAAGGUGAAUCUAGCUGAUUCUAGUGUUCGUCCCUUGGAGGUGUUUAUGUGCAGUAUUGUACGCAAAAUGGGUUAUGGUGAUGGCUUUAAGUGGGUUUCGCAAUAUAUCAAGUAGUUUAUAUCAUUUGCAUAUGUACCAGAAGUUGAAACAGAAUUUGUCCUCUUUUAUGCUUUCGUACAACUAUUUUUUCCCGUCUGGAAAAGAUGGAAUCUGUUCAUUUGUUCUCAAACUGAUGAGGUCUUUAGUACUUAUAAAUUGUAUGCAUCAAGCAUCUAUUUAGCGUGA